AUGACUUGGAGUAGUGGAAAUAUCAUUACUUGGCACUGUACAUGUAUGGCUGGACAAGGCAGUGUUUGUUCACAUGUAGCAUCCAUUCUGUUCAAGAUUGAAGCUUGUGGGAGAGUGGAAAUGAAUAAAGAACCAGCAUGUACAUCUCUUCCAUGUUUGUGGAAUCAAACUUUCACCAAAAAGGUGCAAGGAGAAAAGGCUGCCAUUAUUGAUUUUAGGAAGCCAAAAAGAGGUCAAGAUCAUAAAGAUUCCCUACAUUUAAAAAGAAAUUAUAUAUUCAAAGACACAACCAACUUUUUGAAAAGAUUAAAAGUUUCACAGCCAAAUACAGUAAUUUUUUCUGUUACUACUCCAAAUGUUCAAAAACUACAACAACCAACUUUUCCUCCACUGAUGGACACUUUUUUUGACGAGAAGAAUUCUACUUUGUCCUCUGAAGAACUGAAAGUAUUGUGUAAUAAAACAUUAAUGAGUAUUGAAAAUGAUAUCUAUGCAGAUCAGAUUGAAAAACUUUCAGAUGCAACGAGAGAUCAAAGACAAAAUAGUGCUUGGUUUGCAUAUAGGAAAGGUAGAUUGACAGCUUCAAACUUCUAUGAAAUUUCACAUACUGAUCUAAUUUCAAUGAAAAGUGUGUCUUUACUAAAAAAAAUUAUGCAGUAUGGAAAAGAUAACAAUUGUAUUAAAUCUGAAGCCAUUGCUUGA